AUGGCAGCUCCAACACCAAAGGCCCACGUAAAGAGAAUAACAUCAACAUCUUAUGUGAAAUUGGAGGAUGAGCUAGUUAUUGCAGAACUAGUUAUUGCAGAACUAGUUAUUGCAGAGCUAGUUAUUGCAGAGCUAGUUAUUGCAGAGCUAGUUAUUGCAGAGCUAGUUAUUGCAGAACUAGUUAUUGCAGAACUAGUUAUUGCAGAGCUAGUUAUUGCAGAGCUAGUUAUUGCAGAGCUAGUUAUUGCAGAACUAGUUAUUGCAGAGCUAGUUAUUGCAGAGCUAGUUAUUGCAGAGCUAGUUAUUGCAGAGCUAGUUAUUGCAGAGCUAGUUAUUGCAGAGCUAGUUAUUGCAGAACUAGUUAUUGCAGAAACUAUUCUCUCCCAGGCGCCAGCUCCCAGAGUUCUCUCCCUGGCGCCAGCUCCCACAGUUCUCUCCCUGGCGCCAGCUCCCACAGUUCUCUCCCUGGCGCCAGCUCCCACAGUUCUCUCCCUGGCGCCAGCUCCCACAGUUCUCUCCCUGGCGCCAGCUCCCACAGUUCUCUCCCUGGCGCCAACCCCCAAAGUUCUCUCCCUGGCGCCAGCUCCCACAGUUCUCUCCCUGUCGCCAGCUCCCACAGUUCUCUCCCUGGCGCCAGCUCCCACAGUUCUCUCCCUGGCGCCAGCUCCCACAGUUCUCUCCCUGGCGCCAGCUCCCACAGUUCUCUCCCUGGCGCCAGCUCCCACAGUUCUCUCCAUGGCGCCAGCUCCCACAGUUCUCUCCAUGGCGCCAGCUCCCACAGUUCUCUCCCUGGCGCCAGCUCCCAUAGUUCUCUCCCUGGCGCCAGCUCCCACAGUUCUCUUCCUGGCGCCAGCUCCCACAGUUCUCUCCCUGGCGCCAGCUCCCACAGUUCUCUCCCUGGCGCCAGCUCCCACAGUUCUCUCCCUGUCGCCAGCUCCCACAGUUCUCUCCCUGGCGCCAGCUCCCACAGUUCUCUCCCUGGCGCCAGCUCUCACAGUUCUCUUCCUGGCGCCAGCUCCCAUAGUUCUCUUCCUGGCGCCAGCUCCCAUAGUUCUCUCCCUGGCGCCAGCUCCCACAGUUCUCUCCCUGGCGCCAGCUCCCACAGUUCUCUCCCUGGCGCCAGCUCCCACAGUUCUCUUCCUGGCGCCAGCUCCCACAGUUCUCUCCCUGGCGCCAGCUCCCACAGUUCUCUCCCUGGCGCCAGCUCCCAUAGUUCUCUCCCUGGCGCCAGCUCCCACAGUUCUCUCCCUGGCGCUAGCUCCCACAGUUCUCUCCCUGGCGCCAGCUCCCAAAGUUCUCUCCCUGGCGCCAACCCCCACAGUUCUCUCCCUGGCGCCAGCUCUCCCAGUUCUCUCCCUGGAGCCAGCUCCCACAGUUCUCUCCCUGGCGCCAGCUCCCCCAGUUCUCUCCCAGGGAGAGAAAUUCAAUGUUCUUAUAUGCUGA